GGAACGCUAAGAACUUUGGUUCUUUUGCUUCGAACCAUUAAUCGAAGAGUUCAAAAUGGCCAAGUCAACAGAGAAAAGGAGAAAGAGUGCUAUUAACGAGGUUGUGACUCGUGAAUACACCGUGAAUCUUCACAAACGUUUGCAUGGGAUUGGAUUCAAAAAGCGUGCUCCACGAGCUAUCAAAGAAAUUCGUAAAUUUGCCGAGAAACAAAUGGGAACACCAGAUGUGAGGAUUGACACACGUCUCAAUAAACAACUUUGGUCCAAAGGAAUUAGGAAUGUACCAUUUAGAGUUCGUGUACGAUUGAGCAGAAGGAGGAACGAUGAUGAAGAUUCUGCGAACAAAUUGUACACUCUUGUUACAUACAUACCAGUUGCUACCUUCAAAGGUCUACAAACAGAAAAUGUUGAUGCCAGUCAAGAUUGAAU